AUACGCAAAAUGAAAAAACAGAAUUUCGAAUAUAUCAACAAAAUAAUUUUAACAUUAUAUAUAAAACUACAAGUAUCUUUGAACGUCAGGCUGCUUCUAUUUUAACUACUUAUGCUUUUAAAAAAAUUCAAGAACAAUUAAUGCAGUCGUUUAUGUAUAAAUAUGAAGACAUUUCAAG